UGUUGCUAAUUAAUAUUGUUGCUAGUUACUUUUUACAAAGUAAUUAUUUUUCAAAAAACUGAAACGAACAAUUAACGCUAUUAGAAGUUCUCCAGUAUAGUAUCAAAUCGGCAAGUUAAAUCUACCAUAACUACUUCGGUUGAGACUAAAUUGAAUCGGUGUUGUGUGUGUGUUUGUGUGUGUGUAAUAUACAAAACCAUAUUUCACCUUUGUAUUCCCCUCCAUGUGACGAAUAGUGUUUUAUAAUCUGAAAAACAAUUUACGACAUAACAGUGCAUGCGCUACCCUGCUUCCGCGUGCACCACAAUGGAACUGUUUCUUUGCUUAAUCUAAUUAACUCCCAGUACGCGCGGUUACUGCACACAUUUUAAUCCAAGGGUAAUCAGCACACCACCGUCCUAAGUGCUGACAACUCAGUGCCUUGGGGAGCCUGUGUUCCGUGAUGCAACGUGAUCUAGCAUGAGGAGAUAUCGCAAGUGUUAAGCAUCUAAUUCAACAAAACAGUUUGUUUGCUUUUUACAUCCAUUGUAUAGUAAACUAUUUCCCUAAACCAUUCGGUUCGGGCCUUCAGUUUGAAAGAUGACGACAUUGCCGAGCGCAGGAUUAUGGUCGACAGCCGCCAGCAUCUAGUUCAACACUCAACUGUAUUCAACGGGUUCAACCAUUAAAGCAUCAGCACCGCUAGGACUGUGAUAGAUGGGAAACAGUGCUUUAGCAGCUGCUUCUGCUCAUCAAUCAGACAAACGAAAGCUUCAUAGCCUGUUAUGUGCUGUUGCUAGUAGUCGCUAGUAGAGGAUCUGGACUCAUCCAGGAGCUAGUUAGGUACUGUGAAAGUGUGAGAGAAAGCCAAUCCAAGCCAUGGACAAACUGCACGACUAUCAAGGAGUGGCGGGACGAUGGCACGAGCUCCGUUCGAACGUGAGCCAAUGGCGCAGCGAGUGGCGCGAGAGACACCCGGGCGGUGUGCGGCAGUACCUCAAGGACACGAUACUGCAGGCCGGACCGUCGCACACAUCCGACCCGAUAGGCACGGAUACCGAGCACGGUGUGCGGACGGGCUGGAACGAAGGUGCGGUUGAUUUCUCGCACAUCUAUCGUCGCAAGACACGCCUGGAGCUGAUCCGCAUCUCGGCCGCCGUGAUGGGGAUCGAAUUUUCCUACGCCGCCGAGACGGCGUUCGUUUCGCCGACCCUGCUGAAGAUUGGCGUUGAGCAUCAGCACAUGACGCUGGUGUGGUGUCUGUCGCCGCUAGUCGGCUUUUUCUUAACGCCCGUGCUCGGUUCGCUCAGCGACCGGUGUCGCAGCAAGUUCGGCCGCCGAAGACCGUUCAUCAUGCUGCUGUCAUUGGGCGUACUGCUCGGGCUGCUGCUCGUCCCGAACGGUGAGGACGUUGGGUACGCGAUGGGCGACUUUAACCCGUACGCGGUCAACGUAACGGCUGGUGGCAACAGCACCAGCGACAGUACGCCAGCGAGUCUGGUGUGGCAGGAACCGCUGGACACGAGCACGGUGGAUCCCGUAGUGUCCACCGUGAUCCCUCCGACCACUCCCGAGCAUCGGCCUCGCCAUCCGUGGGGCAUCUUCUUCACCAUCCUCGGCACGGUGCUGCUCGACUUCGACGCGGACGCCUGCCAAAGCCCGGCCCGGGCGUUCCUGCUGGACGUGACCGUGCCGGAGGACCACGCCCGGGGCCUAUCCACCUUCACCAUCAUGGCCGGGUUGGGUGGGUUCAUGGGCUACUCGCUCGGUGGCAUCGACUGGGACAGCACCUCGCUCGGCAUCGUGCUCGGCGGGCACGUCCGGGCCGUCUUUUCGCUCAUCACCGUCAUCUUUAUCGUGUGCGUCCUCUGCACCGUGACGAGCUUCAGCGAGAUCCCGCUCUGGAUACUCGAGGAAGAGCUGGAACGGCAGGACCCACCGGUGGAGGGGCACUCGAACCGACUCAACAGCGAGGAACCGGCCACGUACGGUGCCACGCGGCACGACCGCCGGUCCCAGCCGGAGGCAUCGCCGGCCAACGCCAACUACGACGAACUGCCGGGCGAAAACUUCACCGAGACAAGCUUUAGCGGUCCGCCCGCGUCCAAAUCGCCCGCCAAUGGGGACGCCAAUGUGGACAGCAGUGUCAGGCGCAGCGUGGAUGAGAAUGGGCGCGAGACGCCCUGCGCGGAAGGCGACAAGCCAACCGUUACGCUCAGCAUGUAUCUGCUGUCGAUCGUCUAUAUGCCGCACUCGCUGCGGAUGGUCUGCCUGACGAACCUGUUCUGCUGGAUGGCACACGUCUGCUAUUCGCUCUACUUUACCGAUUUUGUCGGCGAGGCUGUGUUCGAUGGGGACCCAAAGGCACUCGACGGUACCGAAAAGUAUUUGCUGUACGAAGCGGGCGUCCGGUUCGGCUGCUGGGGCAUGGCCAUGUACUCGCUGUCCUGCGCCUGCUACUCCCUGAUCAUCGAAAGGCUCAUCAAGCGCUUCCGGGCUAAGAGCGUCUACGUCGGCGGGCUGCUCUUCUACUGUCUGGGGAUGUCGCUGAUGGCCCUGUCGAAGCACCGUGUCGGGGUGAUCGUGUUUAGCUGGACUGCAGGAGUCAUGUAUUCCACCCUCUUCACCAUGCCCUAUCUGCUAGUCGCACACUACCAUUCGGAAGGUGUGUUCGAAGUAAAUGAAUGUGGCAUUGCAAAGCAGAGCACGGGUGCGAUCCGUGGUCUCGGCACGGACGUGGCCAUCGUCAGCAGCAUGGUGUUUUUGGCCCAGUUUGUGCUGUCCAUCUGCAUGGGAUCGAUCGUGGCCUGGACCGGCACAACGACGGCCGUCGUUACGAUCGCUGCCAUGUUAAGCUUCUGCGGUGCCCUUUCCGCCACCCAAAUUAUGUAUCUGAAUUUGUGAAUGUCCAGACCCGUGCAGCGAAUGAAAUGAGAGGAAAAACAAGUAUUGCUUUCGUUUUAAGUGUAGGCAUCUAUCCCCAGUACCAUGCAUCCUUAGCAACUUGUACGCCCUUCAACGUGGGUGUGUAUGUUAAUCUUUCUUGUAAGUUUUAGCCCAGACUCGUUCACCGCAUAGUUAUCUGCGAUGGUAAUUUGUAGUUCGCAUUUCAUAUUAACAUUUAUAAUGAAGCACAAGAAUCGUAUAAAAAAAGGGAAGCUGAAAACAGGGACAGAGCGUUCGUCCAGUUUGCUUGUGAGUACGUUAAUUUUCACUAGUAUUCUUUACAAAUGUCCACUUGCUGUUGAUAUAUGUAAUAUAAGUGUGUGAUGUAGGAGUCACAUUACUAUACGAAUUUUGUUAAGCUUCUUUUGCCCAAAUAUGUUUGAAUAUUGCAUCUUUGCGAACGUUGUGUCACUUCUCAUUUGGAAAUUAGAAUCGAAAGAUUAUAAAAACAUAAUUAGUUCGAAAUUCUCUAUAGAUGGUUAUGGUUAUCAGGGUCAAAAGUCGUGAGACUAUUUCCUCAUCUUUGAUUGGUAAAAACUGAUAAGCCUCGUUUGCCACCAUCUUUAGCGCAAAAAUGUCUCAUUUUUCUUUUCCAAAUGCAACAAAAUUAUUGUAAUAUUAAGAAAAUGUACGACGAAUGUAAUAGAAGUUAACUCGAGCAAAUUACCUAAUUACCUAAACAAUACAUUAAUGAAUAAAUCAAAUGUUUAUGAAUACACACCUAAACCAAAGUAUAAACAGGUAGGUUAAAAAUGAACAAAUAAAUCAAUCUAUUAAUAAUACUACCAUAGCUCUGUCUGUGAAUAUUGUAAAAUGUACUUAGUUGGUCAAGGGUUGUUAAGUUCGGGGCUAUCUGCAUGAAGCGAGGGUUUCUCACUAUCCCGGUACAUGAUACCACUAAGCUUAAGAAUCUUGCAAGGCCACCGUAGGUAGAUAUACCAGUGCGAAAACGAAUAAUAAAAGGAAGAAGAAGUUAAUGUUAAGUCAUUACAGUGAAUAUUUAAACAAUUGUUUCUGAAUCUCAAUGUAGUUAUUUCGUUCUGCAAACUGUAUGAUUUUAAUUAUGGAUACAAUAAAUUAAG